AUGGCAGGUAGGCUAGUCCUUUUUAUUUCAAUAGUAUUUUUUUAUUCGAGAUUUUUAGGUACAUUUUCAAAAAAUAUAUUUAAAAGUUGAUGACGAAAAACGAUGACGUAUUUCUAAACAAAAUGUCAUAUAACUAAAAUAACUUUGGAGAAAUAGAAAAGUUCUUUUGAAAACUGAACUCCAAAUUGAAAUUUGUAUAUUAGAAUUUAAAAAACUUCAAAAAACAUUCAAAACCAAAAAUGAAAAAAAAAAUCCCGGGAAGACACUCGAAAACGAGCAAGUGCGCUCUAAUAAAACCCCUUUUAUGUCUGUGUCUCUCCAAAAAAUAAUGAUGAAUGCGAAUCUCUUGAACACAUUUUAUUUUUCUUUUCUCCAAUUAAUUUUCGGGUUUUUUCAGCAGCAGACAACAUGUCUCUAAGCGCUUUUCGACAAUUGGCAACAAAAAUUGUAUGUGUUGGUAGAAACUACAAAGAUCAUGCAUUGGAAUUAGGAAAUGCUAUUCCAAAGAAACCAAUGUUGUUUAUGAAAGCUCCAAAUGCUUUUUUGACUGAAGGAGAACCAAUUGUUGCACCACCAGGAUGUCAAAAUCUUCACCAAGAAGUUGAAUUAGCUGUUAUUAUUUCAAAAACAGCCAAGGUAAAAUUAUAUAAUGAUUGUAAAUAUGUUAAAUUAUUGAAUCUUUCAGAAUGUCUCAAAAAGUGAUGCGAUGUCAUAUGUUGGAGGAUAUACUGUAGCAUUGGAUAUGACAGCUCGAGAUUUCCAAGACGAGGCUAAAAAGACUGGAGGUCCAUGGUUGCUCGCAAAAGCUUUCGAUGGUUCAUGCCCAGUCGGAAACUUCAUUCCAAAAUCAGAAAUAAGCGAUCCACACAACGAAGAAAUUUUCUGUAUUAUUAAUGGUAAAGAUCAACAAAGAUGUCGAACAGAUGUUAUGAUUUUUGACAUUCCAACAAUCAUCGAAUACGCCACAAAAUUUGUUACUCUUCAACCUGGAGAUUUGAUUUUGACCGGAACACCAGCUGGAGUCACAAAGGUUUGUCGAAAAAAAUUUUUUGAAGAUUGGAAAAUUAUUUAAAUUUUUUAGGUAGUCCCUGGAGAUGUAAUCGAAUUCGGUUUAACUGGUAAACUCAAUGCCAAAUUCACAGUUCAAUAG